AGUCUCGGGGAAAGGAUCGCACAGCUCGUCGUCGGCUCGUGCGCGAGAUGUCGAGAUCGCGGAAUCGGCCGCGAUUUCGCGCCGACGAGCCUAUCGACUGCUGAUUGCCGCGCCGAUAAUGGCGGCCCGAUCGCCCGACUGCACUAGCGCAUCAGCCGGUCCAGUUCGAUCGUCCUGUCGACGCCGCCCGAUACUCCUGAUCCUCGUGUGCGCGCGCGAGUCGGAGGACGCCGCCGAGAGAGCCUCUUGCUGAUGCCAACGGCCGAACUUCGCCACCAAGACUCAUAGUAUAUACACAUAGUGCUAACUCGGCCUACACUAUACCGCACGAGUAUAUCGAUACAUGUGUGCCGCUUCUUCUUCCUCCUCAUCAUCAGCAGCGGUAUGCAGCACGCCGACUGGACGACGGAGCGAGGAGCAGCCUCGCGCUGCUAGGGACUGCUAGUGGAGCUUGCAAGCUCACCGGCUGGCUUGGCGCGCUCUGAUCGCGGCGCCUACCGGGGCUAUGGAGCUUGAGAACGCGACAGACGCUGGCCUCAACGGCACGGAUGCCAACCGCACUUCCACGCCGGUCUUCACCAUCGGCACUAAGUUCAUAGAGACAUGGAAACUGAAGAAGCACAAGGAGCGCAUCUGCCGCUACGUCUACAAUAAGAUCCUCACCGCGGAGUGCACUCAGCUGAACGGCAGCUGGCCCGACCAGGACGACCCGAGAUGGGCCAGUGGCGAGUACGCCGAGCUAAUGCCCGACUGGUUCGCCGUCAACGCGACGAACUUCUCGGGCCCGGGUAACGUCACCUCGUUCAGCCAGGAGGAUUUGCCGACGCCAGUGCUGCCGCCGUUCGAGCUUUGGCAGACCGUCCUGAUCGCCCUGGCUCUGGGGAUUUGCAUAGUGCUCACCGUGGGCGGCAACAUACUCGUGCUCCUGGCGUUCAUCGUCGACAGGACCAUCCGACAGCCGAGCAAUUACUUCAUCGCUUCCCUCGCUGCCACCGAUAUGCUCAUCGGAACGGUCUCGAUGCCCUUCUACACGGUCUACGUGCUGAUGGGCUACUGGGAUCUCGGGCCGCUGCUGUGCGACCUCUGGCUCUCGGUCGACUACACGGUCUGCCUGGUCUCCCAGUACACGGUCCUGCUCAUCACCAUCGACCGCUUCUGCUCGGUCAAGAUCGCCGCCAAGUACCGGAGCUGGCGCACCAAGAACCGCGUCAUCUGGAUGGUCACCAUCACCUGGAUCAUACCGGCCCUGCUCUUCUUCAUCAGCAUCUUCGGAUGGGAGCACUUUGUCGGCUAUCGGGACCUCGCGCCCGGCCAGUGCGCCGUCCAGUUUCUCAAGGACCCGGUCUUCAACACCGCCCUCAUAAUCGGCUACUACUGGACGACCCUGAUCGUCCUGUUCAUCCUCUACGGCGGCAUCUACAAGACCGCCUACGACAUGCAGAAGAAGAGCGAGGCGAAGCAGCGGAAGAUGCAGUCGAUGGUGGCCCUGAGCGCGGGCGCGAUGUCCGGCAUGGCCGGUCGGGCGGCCGGGAUCGGCAUCUCCAAGACCCAGAGCACGCUGCUCAGCCAGGACAAGCCCAAGGCCCAGGCGACGAUCGCCGGCACGACGACCAACACGACGACCAACACGGCGACCACCACGACGACCGAGAGCGAGAACCAGCCGGCUGCCAGCGAGCCCCGUCAGCACCAGGCCGCCUCGGCGACCAAGUCGCCCGGGAAGAGCCUCGGCAGGCAGCUGGAGCCGCUGCUGCCUUCGGCGGCCCAGGACCAGGAGAAGUCCGAGCGCUCGAGCAGCCCGGCCUUCGACUCGGACGAGGAGAGCACGACGGGCCCGGCGGCCGCGACGGCCAGCCAGCAGCUGAGCCAGCUGCGCAAGCGCUCCUCCCUCGCCGGCCUCGUCGCCCAGUCGGGCGCGCUCCAGGUCUUCGCGCCGAACGCCCGCAUCAACGGCAUCCUGCCGGUCAAGGUCGAGAUGAACCUGCCCAUGGCCGCGGCGGCUCUCGCCACGGGCAAGAGGCUCUCGCCGACGAGCCCCGUGCGCGAGCCGCCCAGACUCCAAGCACUGCCCAAGAUCCAGGAGGCGAGCCUCCUGGACGCCGAGAACCCCUCCGAGCCAGCCGAGAGAUCCAGUCCCGUGACAGUGAGCAGCAUGACGCUGACCCCGGAGCUGUCGCUGGCGGAGAGAGCCGGAGAGGAAGCCCCGACGACGGACCAUCGUAGAUCGGCAGCCGCGGCGCAGCCGGAGUCCUGUCCCAAGGACUCGACGAGCUCGAGCUCGCACAUAAUCCCGCCGCCGUCGGAGUUUCGCGGCAGCCCAGCCAACCUCACGGACAACACGACCUCGUCGACGAGCUCCUCGCUGAGCGUCGACAGCCGUCAGCAGUGCAGCGUCUUCGUCACCGCUGACGGCCUCCAGGGCGCCGUCACCUACGACAUCAUGACCGGCCUCGACGGCGCCGACCUGCGCUACAUGGACGAGAGCUCGGUCAUCGUGCCCAGUCCCUCCUACGAGAGCCCGCCCUCAUCCUUCUCCUGCAGCCUGGCCAAUCCUCUCUCCACGGCGCCGUCCUCGCCGAUACUCGGACCGGCGCCGCCGCUCGGCAACCCCAGCCUUCUUCAGGCUGCGCUCAUACGGGCUACCGUUCAGCAAGUCCCUAGCCGCACCGUCGCCCAGACGAGCAACGCCUCGAGCCAGACGCACCCACCGCGAGUCUUCAUCACCCACCAGAGCAACGCGGCCUCGCAGACCUCGCCCGUGGUCAUGAACAAGCUCAACACCGAGGUCAGCGUUCGGCACGAAGACGCGCCGAAGAAGCAGCCGGUCACGAGCAUCAUCGCGUCCACCGCCACGACGCCCACGCCUCCGACCCUCGACUCGUCCUCCUGCGGAGGCUGCCAGCCCAGCCCCUUGCCCAGCACCUCGGCCACGACGGUCGUCAACCAGCCGGUGACACCUGUCCAGCAGGAGAAGCAGCCGGAGAAGACCCACCAGGAGCUGAAGAAGCUGUCCAGCAAACGCGACACCGAGUCCUGCGCGACGGUCACCUGCUCCGACACCGGCGGCGGCGGCGGCGGCGGCGGCGGUGGUGGUGGUAACGGUACUGGAGGCGGUGGGUCCAGGCGCGACCUCGUCAAGGCCAUCGGCAAGCGGCUCAAGGCCAAGACUCAGAAGAAGGAUCCGACUCUCGGAAGGCAGAAAUCCCGGACGGAGAACCGGGCGCGCAAAGCCUUCCGCACGAUCUCGUUCAUCCUCGGCGCCUUCGUCGCCUGCUGGACACCCUACCACAUACUCGCCCUCGUCGAGGGCUUCUGCCGGAAUCCGCCCUGCACCAACGAGCAUCUCUUCAUGUUCUCCUACUUCCUCUGCUACGCCAACAGUCCCAUGAAUCCGUUUUGCUACGCCCUCGCCAAUCAGCAGUUCAAGAAGACCUUCACCAGGAUACUCAAGGGCGACCUCCACAUGACGUAACUCGUCUACUAUAUAUACAUAUAAACACGUAUUAUAAAUAUAUCACUGUUCUAUACUAUGUUAUACAUAUAUUGCUGACGUAGCGGUAUAGCCAUGUGUGGCAGUGCUGAUCCACUGCUAUCCGCACGCGUCGGAUUUCCUUGUCGCGCGUGCGCGGGGGAACAUUUUGAAAACGAUUCGACACGCGCAUAUCAUAAUGUGCACACACUCGAAAGAUCGCAGUCAAUUCAUGGAUCUCCUCGUCGAGCGCGCUUGCGAGAGUAUUAUUACCAUUACGUAAUGCGGCACAGCAAAACGUUAGAUUUAUUAUAGGGCUGUGUUGCGCGUAUUUUAGUCGAUCCUAUAUACAUUAACAUAACAUAAUAUCAUAGUUAUAUAGAGUCUCUGUAAAUAAACGAUACUGAUGCUACCUAAACGCGUACCUCUACACAUAUACAUAAAAGAAUAUUUAUGUAUAAACUAACAGGCUAUUUUUAUGUACAUAAUGUAUAUGUGUGAAUAAUUGUUAACGUUCGCUAAUUUUACCAGUAUCGUAAUGCGAGAUGAGCAAGAAAUACCGAGUUAAAGCUGAAACACUGAAACGCGUACAUAUAGGAUAUAAAAGCGCGCAUAUAAAAGACGUAAUAAUAAAUAGUAUUAUAUAUUAUACGAGGGGAAAAAAAGCCGUUGCAAAGUGUCACGAACAAAUCAAUAAAUAGAUAUAUCGAGCGCGAGUCGAGAGAAAUAUAUAAACGACACACUGUCGAUCGCCGCAUUGUUUAAAAGAGAAUAGUGCGCGCCGCCGCCGCUGCGCAAGCGAGGAGCUUUAAGGAUUGUAGACUUUCUAUAGUUUCUGCAAAAGUCGACUUGACAAUGUGCGCGGUGCGAAUUUACAUAUGAAUAUUAUUAUAUUCAUACGAUUGUAAUACGUGUGUAAGCCUAUAAUAUUUACAUUAUACACAUAUACGUAUACAAACCAUAAAGGCUUACUCGAAUAAAUAAAUACAUAAAUAAAUAAAUGAACGACGCAAUUUUCGUCUACAAAGACAUAAAGUGAAUAUAUAUUAUUGAGCGAACAAAUCUUCGUCUGCCUUUCGAUAUAAUAGCUCAUUUUUACUAUUCAUUUUGCGCAGACAAGACUAUCGACCAAAAUUUUACCGAACGCUUUGUUUCAAAUGCCUAUAUAUACUUUUUUCUAUUCCUAGAGGAUAUUACAGGCAGAGUCAAAGAUAUAUCGUAAUAAGUACGUUAAAUAACCGUGUGUGAGUGUGUGCGUGCUACAGUAUAUUAAUAAUAUAUAUUAAUGUACUGUAGCAAAGUGUACGUGUAAGCGUCUUCUUCCGGAAAAUACGCGCAGUUGGUUUUACGCGGCACACGUUGUUGCCUCUUAUCUAGUCAUUACAGAAACACAAUAAAAAAGGGGGGAUGUGUAAAAAUACAUACGCGGUGUGAGUGUGUGGGAAGUAAAAGAGCGUCCGCGGUUGAGUGCCCAGCUACUCUUGAGCCCCAGGUCGGCUCGGCUCUCGGCUGAUGCUCUUUUUUCGCGCCGCUCUUCUCCUCACUUCUUUUCAUACAAAUUUAAUUAUCAGUAUAUUACGGGGAAGCCAGUUUGCUGAAUAGCUUUUUUACACAAUUAAAAUUCUUCAUUAUAUAAGCUCUUCCUUUUUCCAUGCAAUUUUAUAAAACGUCAUAAUCGAUAUCAUAAUACUCCAUCUUUUACGAUUAACGAACUGCACAUACUUAUUGUUAUUAUACGAUAUCGUACUUUUUUCUUUUUCGACCAAUAAGAACGAUGAUCUAUGCACGUUUUUUUUUUCUAAUGAAAAACCGGGUAAAAGGGUUCUCAAAGAAAUGAUACAUAACGUUACAUUAUAGUGUAAGAUCGUUGCAAUAGUUUUACAUAUUAAUUGUUAAUUCUCAGCCAAUCAAGAAUUAGAUUUCGAGGCGUUCUUAUGUUGCCUAAUUUUACCUAUCGUUUCGGCCUGUAAGUGGCUAUCCUGUUACCAUGUUAGACGUCUGUGUUACCUGAGAAUUAGAAAAAAAAAUACUGUAAGCGAUAAUUAAAUGGUAAGAAUCGAUAUUACCUAUAAUACAUAUAAUAAAUAACUGACGAUAAAAUGUAACUAAUAAAUGAAUUAAGUUUUUUUUCGUUUUUUAAGAUUUUAAUAUAUACACGUUAUAGAGAUGUGCUAUAUGUAUAUUUACUGAUGCUUACGGACGAAAUAUAUAAACGAAACAAUCUUGUCACUGUGGAAGGCAAAAAAUCUAAUGUUGGUUAUAUAGUAGUGAAACUCUCUAGAGUUAAUAAUUUUUAAGAUUAAGGGAGUGUGCCAUAUGUAGCCGAACCAGUGCAUAGCCUUAGCGAAAUGUAAACGCAUACAAUAUGUACGUACAAUAACUCCAAUUACAAUUUUAGAGCUUUGACAAUGAAGCCUCUGGCUUUGUAAGCUGGUUGAUCAAUUGUAUUUGAAUUUGCUAUCGUAUAUUGCAUUGUAAUAAGGUGUCGAUCAAAGUCCGAAUUAUAAACGUUGAAGAUGAACUUGUAGAAAUUUUGAGGCGAAAUAUGCAGAAAAUAUAGAAAAAGCUUUACAUCGGUUAUCGAAUAUGAUUUUUAUAUCGAUCAAUAAAUAUUGAAUAUAUAUAUAUUGUGCGAUGACAGUUGAGAUAUUUGAUUUUAACGAUUAAAAUGAUGCUAAUUUCCUGUUUUUGUCUUACAAUGUGAUUUUCAUAAUCUAUACGAGAUAUCAUAUCGCGAUAAAUUACAAGAGCACAUAAAGAGUACCAUAUCAUUUCGUCAUAUCUGUAUUACCCGUCGAACUACGAGUAUUAUCGCAAAAGUGCAUCAAUUUAUAAAUAAAUAACAUUCGGAAAAUAUUCGCCUUGUAUAAAUACCGUUGCGAUUUUUCCGUUGCAAUAACGAUGUGUUCCCCAGCCUAUAUAUCAUUGAAAAAAAAAAUGAGUAUAUGAGUAUUAAUAUUGUGUGGCCUAAUCAUUCAACUAGUUUGAGCAAUGAUGCAGUGUAAGUUUUCUUUAUCUUUUCAUACGUGCCCGGAAUAAAGAACAAUGAUAAUAAGACUUAUCAAAUUGUUGUUACACGCAGUUAAAAUCACACAAGCGAAUGACGUGAGAGAUUUUGAGAGAAGAACUUAACAAGAAUAGGAUCGAGUAAUAACGAUAAUAAUAAUAUCAAAUUGUUACGACACAGUUAAAAUUACACAAAGGAAUGAUAUGAAAUUUUAAAGACUAUAUAUGAUAAAAAAUGAACCUUUGUUUUUUCAAUAGUUUAAAACACAAUGACAAUUAAAGUAUUGUAAAAAAAUAGCGAUAUAUCAAAUUUAGACCUAUAUAUAUAUACGAUAUAAUAUUGUUAUAUAAAUACGCGAAUCGCCCGACAAUCUCACAAAAUAUCUUAAGAACAAAGCAUAUAUAUAUAUAUAUAUAUAUAUAUAUAUACACACCCACACACACAUGAACUAAUCAACGUCUAUGAAAAAAAUACAGGAAUGCGAAGUAUAAAAUAAUAUAUACAUAUACAAUAAUACAAUAUUGCGAAGAACACGACGACACACCUAUAAAAUGUAUAUGCGCGUAUGUAUACUUGAGCGCUUUGUGCUGCAAGAAUGCGAUGAAAAUCAAAUAAAUUUAAUAUAUUAAAAUAGAAAAGUUAUAUGAGUGGAGAAAAAAAACUAAAAGGGAUAUUUAAUGACCGAGUACACGAAGCAUUGAAGUAUUACUACUGUAGUAAACAUUUUUAUUAUUUUUAAGCGCAUCGCAAAACUGUAUCGUAACUAGAUCUUCGAAUAUGUAUACGAAGCAGCAACAAUAAAUUAAAAUAAUAAUAAUAUGACGAUGACUUAUGAAUAAAAAUUAUAAACCUAAAA